AUGUCAAAAUCAAAUGAUACAGCAAUUGGAAUUGAUUUAGGAACUACUUACUCAUGUGUAGGUGUUUUUAUUAACGAUAAAGUUGAAAUCAUAGCAAAUGACCAAGGAAACAGAACCACUCCCUCCUAUGUUGCCUUUUCUGAUAACGAAAGACUUAUUGGAGAUGCUGCAAAGAACUAAGUUGCUAGAAACCCAUAAAAUACAGUAUUUGAUGCUAAACGACUUAUUGGAAGAAAAUUCAACGAUCCAACUGUUUAAAAGGAUAUAAAAUUGUGGCCAUUUAAAGUAGAAGCUGGCUCUGAUGAUAAGCCAUUGAUUGUAGUUAAGUUCAAAGGAGAAACAAAAAAAUUCCAUCCAGAAGAGAUCUCUUCUAUGGUUUUAACAAAGAUGAAAGAGAUUGCUGAAGCCUAUCUUGGAAAAUAAGUUAAAAAUGCUGUCAUUACUGUUCCAGCCUAUUUUAAUGAUUCAUAAAGAUAAGCUACAAAAGAUGCUGGCUAAAUUUCUGGUUUAAAGGUUUUAAGAAUCAUAAAUGAACCAACAGCUGCAUCUAUCGCUUAUGGAUUAGACUCAAAAUAAAAAGGAGAAAAAAAUGUUUUAAUUUUUGAUCUUGGAGGAGGUACCUUUGAUGUUAGCCUGUUAACAAUAGAUGAUGGAAUAUUUGAAGUCAAGGCUACUUCCGGUGACACACAUUUGGGUGGAGAAGACUUUGAUAAUAGAUUGGUAGAAUACUGUUGUCUAGAGUUUUAAAAGAAAAAAGGAAUUGAUUUGAGAUAAAACGCAAGGGCUUUAAGAAGAUUAAGAACUUAAUGUGAAAGAGCUAAAAGAAUUCUAUCAUCCGCUAACCAAACAUCUAUAGAAAUUGAUGCUUUAGCUGAUAAUGAAGACUUUAAUUGUUCAAUCACAAGGGCAAAAUUUGAAGAAUUAUGUUUGGAUCAAUUUAAGAAAUGCAUUCCUCCAGUGGAGCAGGUCCUUAAAGAUAGUGGAAUGUCCAAAAGUUAAAUACAUGAAGUUGUUUUAGUUGGUGGCUCUACCAGAAUUCCUAAAGUCUAGGAACUAUUAAAAGAUUUCUUUAAUGGAAAGGAACUUAAUAAAUCAAUAAAUCCUGAUGAAGCAGUGGCUUAUGGGGCAGCAGUCUAAGCAGCUAUACUAACAGGAACUGGAUCAUAAAAAUGUGAAAAUAUAGUAUUGUUGGAUGUUACCCCUCUAUCUUUGGGAAUUGAAACUGCUGGUGGUGUUAUGAGUGUAUUAAUACCAAGAAAUACUACUAUUCCAACAAAGAAGAGCUAGAUUUGUACAACCUAUGCAGACAAUCAACAAGGAGUUCUGAUUCAAGUUUAUGAAGGAGAGAGAUAAAUGACAAAAGAUUGCCAUAAAUUAGGAUAAUUCUAGUUAGAUGGAAUUGCUCCUGCUCCAAGAGGAGUACCUUAAAUUGAAGUCACUUUCGAUAUAGAUGAAAAUGGUAUUAUGAACAUAUCUGCUGAGGACAAGGCAACAAAGAAGUAGAAUAAAAUUACUAUAACAAAUGAUAAAGGAAGAUUGUCGAAAUAAGAUAUUGAUAGACUAGUCAGUGAAGCUGAAAGGUUUAAAGCAGAUGAUGAAAAGAUUAGAUAAAGAAUUGAAGCAAAAAAUUCGUUAGAAUCAACAACUUACCAUGUAAAAAAUACAAUGAAUGAGGAGCAAUUCAAGGAUAAAUUCACAGUUGAUGAAAAAAGAUAAUUAACAGAUUUAAUUGAAUCAACUUAAAAGUGGAUUGAUUCUCAUUAAAAUGAAGAAGCUGAUGUAUACAAAGAAAAGUUGAAGGAGAUUGAAUCAAAGUUCCAUCCAAUUAUGUAAAGAAUCUAUGCUUAAACAGGAGCAGCUGCUGGAGCAGGACCAUAAAUGCCUAACAUGAAUAGAGGAAAUGAUUUUCAACAUAAUCCUACUGUUGACUAAGUAGACUGA